CGGCUGUCCGGCAUACAAGUCUUCAUCCCGGUGUGGCGGUCUCCCGGCCCUACAACUUCUCACAGUUUUGUCAAGCUCUUGGAGCUAGCAAGCGCGGUUCCGGCAAUCGGUGAGUGACCCGACCCUGCGGUCACUUCUGACUGUUCCUCUCCAAGGAAAUGGCUGUUGAUUUCAGCCUCUCAUCCAGCUCGUCGACCAAGGAAGGGCGUCCAUCCACCAAGUAGAAGCAUGGCGGGCCGGCUUGCUGCCGUGCCGGAGGAGGCCACUGACCGCUCCCCGGCUGCCUACCCGCCGAGCAACCUCUACCGCGACUCGAUCCGGAGCGUCGCCCUUCCCCGCGGGCAGUACAUCAGAUCCACUCUGUUCGCCCACUCCGGUCAAAGCGGCGGAUCCAGCUUCUCCGGCGCUUCGAGUCAUUAUCCGUCCAGCAACUCCGGCUGCUCCACGGGCCCUGGAUGGGGAUCCGCCCCCACCCAGGUGCUCGCGUUGAUCUCUAACCGUAUGGUCAGCGACGGCUACACCCAGCGCAUGGUCCAAGCAUUCGAGUACGGUGGUGACCCAGACCGUUUGCUGGUGCUGGGUGCUUGGUUCUUCGAGCUCGACGUGGACUGGCUUGCCCAAACGCACCUCCAGGAUAUGCCGGCGUCGUCGCUCCAAGACUUGGUCGGGAGAUGGAUUCGAGCUCUCACCGUGAUAGUCUUCAAUAUCAGAAAUCUGAUGGUCGCCGUUCACAAGGAGCCGCCGGCCAUGGUGGCACGGUUUGGCAAAGCAAGCGUCUCCGCGAUGCUCGUCUUCGUCAACGCCAUCCUCGCUGCUCCCAGAGGAGAGACGCUUCGGGCCGUGGUAGACAUGUUCGUCUGUGUCUCAAGUGUAUCAUACUACAUGUUCACCACGCUCGUGAUCUCUCCGGAAGCGAAGAGCAUCUUCGGCGAGAUAGGCGGUUUGUUAGAGAGGGAAGGAAACAUGUUACUUGAGGCCGUAUGUAGCAUGAUGGAGGAGGUCAGGACACUCAUCGAGGACGACGACUCGUGGGCUGUCGAGAUUCUGCGAGGCAGAGGCGAGGUUCAUAGGAACACUCGGUUGAUGGUGGAUUGCAUCAUGUCCAUGAAGAUGACACGCACCUCCGCGCACAGACACGACACUGAAAACCUUCGUGGCAUGGUAGAAAACUCCGUUGAUUAUCUGAAGGAUGUGCUCCUUAGAAAAUCGGAGCUAUGCUCGGAUCUAAGUCUGAGGUACCUGUUCCUGCUCAACAAUUACUAUUUCCUAGCGCAGGUGUCUGACCCAUCAGGAGACAAUUAUGGACUUAAACUUACACCUGAAUGUGAGAAGUACAUGGAUAGUUAUCUUGAUGCUUCUUGGGGGCAUGUGCUGCCAUGCCCACAGAAAUCAAAAUUUUCCGAGCUGCUCUGUUGUUGGUGGUAUUGGAUCGACGACUCUUGGCUGGUUAAAUUCGAGUCAGCAUUUCAUCAAACUUACGAGGCUCAGAAGUUGUGGAAGGUCCCGGAUCCUCAGCUCAGAGAUGCGCUGCGCAGAGCUAUCGCCAUGAAAGUCAUGUCAGGUUACCGGGCCUACCUGAGGAACCAUCCGGUGAUAGAGCAACAUGUUACCCGCGGAAGAAGCAGCAGUCCCGAGGUUUUAGCGUUGUUGGGACAUAUAUUCGAAGGAUGAAAACUGCUUGAGGAAUUGAGGCAUCCAGCAGAGUCAACAGACAAAUAAGAGGCUGGACUUUUUGUAUUUAUAAUUAUCUCUUCCAUUUUGAAGUGAAGUUGUAUUCUGAAUUACAUUGGUAACUUAAGCAUCAGAUACUACAUCAUAUGGUCACAUUCUCUGUGUGUGACUUUAUUUGAUUUCGUGUGGGUAUGCCUAUGCCAAAUAGUUUUGUUCAAUUUCAUUCAUAUAUUUCCCCCAAAAAAUGCAAUCAUAGAUAAUUGCCAUGCUUUUGAGUUCGCACAACAUUAUAUGCACACUUACUUUCAUCUAGUUCAGUAAAACUUCAGCUUGCUUG